GCUAACUUGAGCACGGCUCGAUAUUAUGGCGCUAUAGUUACUAGUUCAGACUCCACGCAGCAAGCACUGUACAUCAAGAAGAAGUCACAAACCCAACCUCAUCAACUGAAUUCUAACCUCAAAACUCAUCAUGUUCAAAAGCGCGCUGCCGGGUCCGCCGGACCCUAUGUUCAUCUUGAAGAAACUAGCCGACGGUGACUCGUCUCCAAACAAAGUUGACCUUGGUGUCGGAGUCUACAGAAACGAGCAGUCCGGCUAUCACGAGCUAGAGGCUGUCAAACGGGCCAAGAAAAUUUUGGAUAAGCGAAAUCCUGGGCACGAUUAUGAAAGCACAGUGGGAAACUCGUCUUAUCUGAACCAUGCCGCGGACCUGAUAUUCGGUCCUUCAAGCCAGGCAGUCCAAGACAAGAAGGUCGCAUCUGUUCAAACAAUCUCUGGCACAGGCGCGAAUCAUCUAGCAGCGCUUUUCCUAAGCCGGUCUACCGAGUUUUCCGGGAAGACCAUCUACAUCGGAACGCCAGCGUGGGGUAAUUAUGACCCAAUCUUCCGUCUCGUUGGGCUGGAUGUUAUCAAAUACAACUACUAUGAUAUCAAGAGUGGUGUAGAUUUCCCUGGAAUGCUUCAGAAAGUGGAGACAGCGCCUUCAAAGAGCAUAUUCGUUCUUCAAAGCUGUUGUCAGAACCCGACUGGUGCAGAUCUGACGCGAGAGCAGUGGGAUCAAUUAGGGGACGUUUUCAAAGAAAAAGACGUCCUGCCGUUCUUUGACAUCGCCUACCAAGGACUUGGCGCAGGCCUCGAUGCCGAUGCAUACGGUAUCCGACAUUUCGUGGAGCUGGGUCUUGAAUUCGUGGUGGCGCAAUCAUUCGCUAAGAAUUUUGGACUAUACGGAGAACGUGCCGGUGUACUCCAUAUAGUUGGGAGGGACGAAGAAAAUGCUCUGAAUAUUGGAGACCAACUGCGUUCAUUGAUCCGAUGGGAGUUCUCAUCGUCUCCUGCUUACGGCUCAAGACUAGUGACUAUAGUGCUGGAAGACUCCGAGUUGUCCAAGAUAUGGCGCGCCGAGUUGGACUCAAUGAGGGAAAGAUUGUUGUACAAUAGAAGAACACUUUACAACGCUGUAGCAAACGAGCUCAAGACUCCAGGCGAUUGGAUCUCAAUCACUUCGACGCAAGGUCUUUUUUGCUAUCUGCCUCUAAAGCCGCAGCAGUGCGUCUUGCUGAGGGAAAAGCAUCACGUUCACAUGCUCGAGAGCGGCCGUAUCAACGUGGCUGGGCUUAAUCCGUCGAAUAUAGGUUAUGUCGCCAAAGCUAUCCAAGACGUGGUAAACAAUAGCUGAGGUCAAUCCUGUGAAGUUCAUGGAUGGUCCAGUAAUGGAUAUCGAGGUAGUGGCUAAAUCCGCCAUACUGGGAAGCUGGUAGCAGCAUAUGGCAGUCAAGUUCAAUCAAGCAUGAGAAAAGAAAAGAAUAAAGGAAUUGUCAGACAGUAAUUGUGGUAUAGAUUUGUGUGUAUAUGCCAACGUAAUGCCUGGGUGCUAACCGUCGACAC